AUGUUCAACUGGGCCAAGCAAACUCUGGCGCAAACCUUGGGUACCGAGGAGCCCAUAUAUGGCCCUUCAGCCAUCAAGUCGGUCGCCGAAGAUUCCGCAAAGACUCCCUACACCGAACUCGCGCGAAAUGACCUGAAGUGGGAGGCCAUGACCUCGACCUCGGUCGAGACCCAGAGCUUUUACUUCAUGGCCGACAGCGGACACCUCGGUCUCGCUCAGGUCAUAUAUAGUAACGUGGCCGGUAUCCAUACGACCUGCCAGUUCAACUCGAAGAUCUUCUAUGUCGACCGCACCAAGCCUCACCUUUACUGCUCUACACAACUCAGCGACACAUCCUUCAGCGAUGAUAAACUCGACUUCUUUGCCAAAGAUUGCGCCCUGCAGUUAUCCGAGGAUGGAAACUCGUACACCAUCAAAUCGAUGACCGAUCAGCGCUGUAUCGUCAACUUGAAGGUAACAAAGACGGCGCCGGGUUUCGUUGCCGGGAAGAACGGCAAGACACUGUUCGGUACGGAUCUGGCUCACCCAUGGGGAAGCAUGAGACAUGCCUUCUGGCCGCGGUGCGUUGCCGAAGGCACCAUGCUGACAAAGGACGGCCCCGUCGACUUCAAGGGAAAGGCCUUUUUUACCCACGCCCUGCAGGGCAUGAAGCCCCACCAUGCCGCCGCUCGCUGGAACUUUGUCGAUUUCCAGGGCCCGACAUAUUCCGCGAUUAUGAUGGAAUUUACCACACCUCCUUCGUACGGUUCGACCAUCGUAGGUGUAGGGGGUAUCGCUAAGGAUGGCGAGAUCAUCACCGCCGGUGCCGGCGAGAACACGGUCAAAGCGCUGCACGCCAAGGCGACGACCGACCCAGACACGCAAUGGCCAGAACCUAAAGAAGUCAAAUUCUCCUGGAACGGAACAACGAAGGAUGGCAAGUCAGUGGAAGCUGUGCUCGAGACUCCGCUUGAGGAGCGACAGGACCGGGUCGACAUUAUGGCUGAGGUUCCUGCAUUUGUCAAGAAGAUCAUCGCCGGUACUGCCGGAACCAGGCCCUACAUCUAUCAGUGCUCCCCUCGUACGACUCCCGUCACGUUGAAGAUGAAGAUUGGAGAUGAAGUGGUUUCAGAACAAGGGAUACUUUUCACUGAGGCAACCUUCCUUUCUGGAACAAAGGAUGCAAACGAGGCCACGAAGUCAUAG